GGUUGUGGCCAUACUGUCUGCAAGAUGUGCCUGAAUAAACUCCACCGCAAGGCUUGCCCAUUUGACCAGACCACUAUCAAUACAGACAUUGAGCUUCUCCCUGUGAACUCAGCAUUGCUGCAGCUCGUGGGUGCUCAGAAACCCUCAUAUGGCUAUUUAUAACAACAUUAUUCAUGAUUGCCAAAAAAUGGAAGCAGUUGAGAUAUCAUUUAAUAGGUGAAUGGAUAAACAGUGGUAUAUCCAUACAAUGGAACAUUAUAUAAAAUGAAAUAAUAAAAAGACAAAGCUGUCAAGUCGCAAAAAGACAUGGAUACAUCUCAGUGUAUAUCAUUGCUAAGUGAAAGAUACCAGUAUGAGAAGGCUACAUACUGCAGGAUUCCAAUUAUAUGAUAUUAUGUAAAAGGUCCCUGAGCAGCAGCCCAUUACUUUGUGUAGUGGGGUGGAAGACACAAAGCAUUAUGAGGAAGCCAAGAAAUGUGUAGAGGAAUUAGCAUUGUACUUAAAACCACUCAGCAGUGCUAGAGGAGUGGGUCUGAACAGCACUACUCAGAGUGUUCUGAGUCGCCCAAUGCAGAGGAAGCUUGUGACUCUGGUCCACUGUCAACUAGUAGAAGAAGAAGGCAGGAUUCGUGCCAUGAGGGCAGCUCGAUCUUUAGGUGAACGAACAGUUACAGAGCUCAUUCUCCAGCACCAGAAUCCUCAGCAGCUCUCCUCCAAUCUUUGGGCAGCAGUAAGGGCUAGGGGCUGCCAGUUCCUUGGACCAGCAAUGCAGGAGGAAGCUUUAAAGCUGGUUCUGCUGGCCUUAGAAGACGGUUCUGCUUUGUCAAGAAAAGUAUUGGUUCUCUUUGUGGUGCAAAGGUUGGAGCCACGGUUUCCUCAAGCCUCUAAAACUAGCAUUGGGCAUGUUGUUCAGCUCCUUUAUAGAGCCUCCUGUUUCAAGGUCACCAAACGUGAUGAAGACUCUUCUUUGAUGCAGCUGAAAGAAGAAUUUAGAACUUAUGAAGCUCUGCGGCGAGAACAUGACUCCCAGAUAGUGCAGAUUGCUAUGGAAGCAGGCUUACGAAUUGCACCAGACCAAUGGUCCUCUUUGCUUUAUGGAGACCAGUCUCAUAAAUCUCACAUGCAGUCCAUUAUUGACAAGUUGCAGACCCCAGCCUCUUUUGCACAGAGCGUUCAGGAACUAACAAUUGCUCUCCAGCGGACUGGAGACCCAGCAAACUUGAACCGACUAAGACCCCAUUUGGAGCUGUUAGCAAACAUUGACCCUAGUCCAGAUGCUCCUCCUCCUACGUGGGAACAGCUGGAAAAUGGGCUGGUUGCUGUGCGUACAGUGGUACAUGGACUGGUUGAUUAUAUCCAGAACCACAGCAAAAAAGGAGCAGAUCAGCAGCAGCCUCCACAGCAUAGCAAAUACAAAACAUACAUGUGUCGAGAUAUGAAGCAGAGAGGAGGAUGCCCUCGUGGGGCCAGCUGUACGUUUGCACACUCACAGGAGGAACUGGAAAAAUUUCGCAAAAUGAACAAGCGCCUGGUUCCAAGAAGACCCUUGAGUGCCUCUUUGGGUCAACUUAAUGAGGUGGGCCUGCCUUCAGCAACUAUCCUUCCAGAUGAAGGUGCAGUGGAUCUCCCUAACAGAAAACCUCCUGCUCUGCCAAAUGGAAUUGUAUCAGCAGGGAAUACAGUAACACAGCUUAUUCCACGAGGGACAGACCCCAGCUAUGAUUCUAGUCUGAAACCAGGAAAAGUAGAUCAUCUGAGCAGUAGUGCUCCUGGAUCUCCUCCUGACCUGCUAGAAUCUGUCCCUAAGAGUAUUUCUGCCUUACCUGUGAAUCCACAUCCUAUACCUCCAAGGGGCCCAACAGAUCUGCCUCCAAUGCCUGUCACCAAACCGCUUCAGAUGGUACCUCGAGGUUCGCAGUUAUAUCCAGCACAACAGACAGAUGUUUAUUAUCAGGAUCCUCGAGGAGCGGCUCCACCAUUUGAACCAGCACCUUAUCAGCAGGGUAUGUAUUAUACUCCACCACCACAAUGUGUGUCCCGCUUUGUCAGACCUCCACCAUCUGCUCCUGAACCUGCUCCUCCCUACUUGGAUCAUUAUCCACCUUACCUCCAAGAUCGUGUUGUAAACUCUCAGUAUGGCACACAGCCACAGCAGUACCCACCUAUAUACCCAUCUCACUAUGAUGGCCGUCGAGUGUACCCUGCUCAGUCUUAUACGAGAGAAGAGAUAUUCCGAGAAAGCCCUAUACCCAUUGAGAUUCCACCUGCAGCAGUACCAUCCUACGUACCAGAGUCCAGAGAAAGAUACCAGCAGAUCGAGAGUUACUAUCCAGUGGCUCCUCAUCCAACUCAGAUCAGAGCUUCGUACCUCAGAGAACCUCCUUAUAGCCGGCUUCCUCCUCCUCCCCAGCCUCAUCCUAGUCUAGAUGAAUUACAUCGCCGACGAAAGGAAAUAAUGGCCCAGCUAGAAGAAAGAAAGGUUAUCUCUCCACCUCCUUUUGCACCUUCACCAACCUUGCCUCCUACCUUUCAUCCAGAAGAAUUUUUGGAUGAAGACUUGAAGGUAGCUGGGAAAUACAAAGGAAAUGAUUAUAGCCAGUACUCUCCCUGGUCAUGUGACACCAUCGGCUCCUACAUUGGAACCAAAGAUGCAAAACCCAAAGAUGUUGUGGCAGCAGGGAGUGUGGAAAUGAUGAAUGUGGAGAGUAAAGGAAUGAGGGACCAACGAUUAGAUCUUCAGAGAAGAGCAGCAGAAACCAGUGAUGAUGACCUCAUCCCGUUUGGAGACCGACCAACAGUGUCUCGGUUUGGUGCCAUCUCACGAACUUCCAAAACUAUAUAUCAGGGUGCUGGUCCAAUGCAGGCUGUGGCACCUCAGGGAGCUCCUACAAAGCCUAUUAACAUUUCAGAUUAUAGUCCAUAUGGAACCCACAGUGGCUGGGGAGGUUCUCCAUAUUCACCUCAUCAAAACAUACCUUCUCAGGGACACUUCAGUGAGAGGGAGAGAAUAUCUAUGUCAGAAGUGGCCAGUCAUGGAAAACCCCUUCCAUCUGCUGAGAGAGAACAGCUACGACUAGAAUUGCAGCAAUUGAACCAUCAGAUUAGCCAGCAGACCCAGCUACGUGGACUAGAGGCUGUUAGUAACAGGCUGGUGUUGCAGAGGGAGGCAAACGCCCUGGCAGGCCAGUCACAGCCUCCGCCACCACAACCCCCAAAAUGGCCUGGAAUGAUCUCAAGUGAGCAGUUGAGCUUGGAACUGCACCAGGUGGAAAGGGAAAUCGGGAAGAGAACACGAGAACUGAGUAUGGAAAACCAGUGUUCUCUGGACAUGAAAAGCAAAUUGAAUGCAAGUAAACAAGCAGAAAAUGGACAACCAGAACCACAAAACAAGGUUCCGGCUGAGGACCUUACAUUGACAUUCAGUGAUGUACCAAAUGGAUCAGCCUUGACGCAAGAGAAUAUCAGCCUCCUAUCAAACAAGACCAGCUCUCUGAACCUGUCAGAGGAUCCUGAGGGAGGAGGGGAUAAUAAUGACUCCCAGAGAUCAGGAGUUACUCCCAGUUCUGCUCCUUAAAAUAUGAAGAGUCCUGCUUUUAUCUUCUGCUCCUAAUCAGUUUGUCGGCCAUAGGGGUAGAAGAAUGGAUAACUUCUAAACUUUUUCUCUUAAGAGCAGUCAGAGAAAUCCAGGAAAUUCACCAGAGGCAAUGUGCACAAACACCACUACUAAAAACAAACCCUGCACAUAGUUCACAUUAAUGCAUUUUUUUAAUUUAAAGAAAAAGAGAAUUAGCAGUAUCUGCAAGCAAUUCAGAUUAAAUUUGUUUUUGUUCUGUGAAUGAACUUUAUUUUAAUAACUUUGGACGCCUUGGAUCCAGGGCUUUAAAAAAAAAAGAUAUUAUAUAUACACUCUGUUUGAUUAAUUGUAUGAUCUUAAUGAAGUAGGUUUUUCUUGUAUUUUGGUAUUAUUACAUACCCAGUGUAUAAUUCCUUACCCCCAAUCCUUAUCAGUUCUCACCACCCCAUAAACUUAAAACAGACCAAAAACAUCAGCUUUCGGAGAAUUCCGCGGUGCUUGAGAAACAGACAGUAAUAGACUGAGUUAUUAGAAAAUGUGCAGCAAACCAUCGUUUCCCAGAGCUGUUAUUUGGAAUUUUUUAUCCCUGUCUAGAUCACUAGUUUCAUUGGAUAGGAAUGCUUUUCUUGACAUUGAAACUUUUGUUUGAUUGUUUAGGAAGGUUUUAUUUUUUGUUUUUAUUUUAACUUUUCAGAGAGAGAAUUACCAAUUUUUGAAGUCCUUAUUUUCAUAUUAAGGAUCAUUUGCAUUCUCUUAAUACAAUCAGAAAGCUGAUUCAGUUUAAUUAGAUUUAAAUGGUGAUUAAGAGGCCAGGCGCGGUGGCUCAAGCCUGUAAUCCCAGCACUUUGGGAGGCUGAGGUGGGUGGAUCACGAGGUCAAGAGAUCAAGACCAUCCUGGUCAACAUGGUGAAACCCCGUCUCUACUAAAGACACAAAAAUUAGCUGGGCAUGGUGGUGCGUGCUUGUAGUCCCAGCUACUUGGGAGGCUGAGGCAGGAGAAUUGCUUGAACCCAGGAGGCGGAGGUUGCGGUGAGCCUAGAUCGCGCCAUUGCACUCCAGCAUGGGUAACGAGCAAAACUCUGUCUCAAAAAAAAAUAAUAAAAAUAAAUAAAUAAAUGGUGAUUAAGAAUUGACUGUAACUUAUUAGCAUUGAAAAUACAUGUUUGGUGUUUUGCCUGCAUUCAGCUCAUAGUUGGAAAUUUGGAGCAGUGCUUUUCAAAUUAAACUUUUGCUAAAAUUAUAAGAUGUUCAAAAACAAGGACAAUCAACUAUGUUUUAAAACUGCAACACUUCAUUUGAACUUAAAAUGAAUAGAGCCACAUUAUUUCAAUAGAUGUUUUUGUUUUACUUGUAAAGUGAUUUCGUCUUAAGGAUAGUUUAUGAAUUGAUCACUUGUUAUCCAGAAUCAUUAGUAUAAGUAGGUAGGAAAUAGUUUGAAGUCAUUUUUCAUAGAUUUAGCUGCCCAAUAUUGAAAAUGUUUCUUCUCGAAAAUGUUGCAAAGAGUAAGGAUUUUUUGUUUUUAUUUAAUUCCGCUGCACAUAUUCUGAUGCCAUGUGUCUGUGCUUAACUAUGACCCUGUAAAACAUGCUCAGUGGGGGCUGUUUGAUAUAGUUGCCCUCUCCAUCCCUCUAUUUGCCUGAUUUUUUCAGUUUCCCUCUCUGGAUUAUACUACUAAAUUAGAAAGCACUGGUUAUGUAAUAAGUUACUGCAUUGCUUUGGUUGGGUAAAAACAAGAGUUUAUAUUUUUCUUGUUUCUUAUUUUCUUAACCCUUAACUCCUGCUGAGGUCAUAACAACCUCAGUCUAAGCUCUGUGUCCAUCAUACUGUUAACUUAAACAAAUGGGUGGUGAGGGUGGGAAGGGUAAUACAGUCCUGCCAUUGCCUACCAGUAGGAGAGUCCAAACAGAACACUCUUUUGAGUAGCAAUUAUUUAAUUUGCCCAGUCAAGGCACCGUGUUUAUAUACUAUUUCACAUUGAAUUUGAUUAUGCCCUACAGACCUGGCUGGUCAAGGAUUUGAUAUACACAUAUUGGCUUGGGAUUCGAGCUUUCUUUUUUAUUUAAAUAAAAAUUUAUAUAUAUAUUAUAUAUAUACAGAUAUACAUAGCUAUAUCUGUAUAUAUAUUGGGUAUGUUUUAAGGAUUUUUUCGCAUGAGCGCAGCUGUUGCGAUAAAUUUACCGAUUGGGAGGUGGUAGAAGCACUGAAUGAAGAUGAGGCUUUUUUUUUUCAGUUGACUUACGCAUUUUUCUUUCUUUCUUUCUAUUUUAAAAAAUGCUUUUGCCAUUUUACUUUUUUUUUCUUUUUUUUGCUUUUGUUUGCUUUUUGACUCUUACUUAAAACCCUUUCACAUUUACACUUUAAAUGCCUAUUGUUUAUUGGGAGAAGGAAAGAAAUUUAUGUAUGUAUGACAUAGUCCCAAGGUUUUUCAUUUCUCUGCAUAACUGUAAAAGGCAACAUUAUUGGCCUCCAACCUUCUUUUUUUUGAGGCAGAGUCUUGCUCUGUCACCAGGCUGGAGUGCAAUGGCGCGAUAUCAGCUAACUGCAAUCUUCACCUCCUGGGUUCAAGCGAUUCUCCUGCCUCAGCCUUCUGAGUAGCUGGGAUUACAGACACGUGCCAUCGCACCCAGCUAAGUUUUGUAUUCCAACCUUCUUGUAGGCAGAUUUGGAUCAAUCUUACUUCUCCUUUGAAUAUGUUAGAUCAUCCUAAAUUUUAGAAGCAAUUGAUUCACUUCGAUUCAAUUUGAUUCACUUUGGAAUUCAGAAUGAUUCUUGUAUUAGAAGAUAAUUUGUGGGUAUUGAUUUUUAAGUUUAUACUAAAAGAUUGAUUUUAGGUAGCAGUUGAAACUCCUGAUAGCUCAAUUUCUGUUAUUCUUGUUCUUAUUUCCUUUAAAUAUACUUGUUCUUGUCUUUUGCCAUUUUGAUUCUGUGAAGUAGGCAGGAACAGGGAUUAAUCUAUACAGUAUUCCUGUUCUGAACAAAACCAGAAAAGUCACUGGAUACACUUGACUUAAAAUAGUAUCUUCUCUUUUCAUGUUUUUUCAUUUAGGGGAAAAAAAUCUCUUCAAUUGCAACCCGAAUUCAAAAGGUACCCCUCCUUGGCCCUACACUCUAGAGCUAAUCUGGUUGGGUAGCAAAUCAUAAGAAUGGUAUAUUGUCCCAUUGUGCCUACAAUGUAUUUUAAAUUAGUCAUUCUGCCUUACCUAAUGGAAAUUCUUGCAGCUUUCCUAGUGCUCAUCAGUGGUUUUAGGAAGUCACAAACAGCCCCAAAAUUUUGGGGUUUUUCCUUUUCCUUUUUUCUGUGGUAUCAUGAGCCUGUAAGGACAAGUGGCAUAUUUGAGCAUAACUGCUUGACUCUGUAACUACUUUUUUAAAAUCAAAAUCUGUAAGGUAUUAAUUCCUUCUGGCUUUUUAAUUUUUUUUUUAGAGACAAAGAUUAAACCAGAUAUGAAAUACAGUUUCUAUGCUUUCUGCUUAUUAAAAAUUAGUUUCUUCUAAAUAUUACUUUAUUUGUAUUUCACUAAAUUCAAAAGCAAAAAUUGGCCAUCUGAAAUGAACAAUUCUGAAUAGGUUAAGGUAGGAGUAAUAAGCAUUGUGUUCACUCAUUUAUAGGUAAGGGAAUUUUAUUUAUAGUGAGAAUUAUAAAAGUACUUUGACUUACUCUUUUUUUCAAGGGGUCUCUAGAAAAGGGUGAGAAUAAGACAUCUAGAUUCAAUUUAUGUUUUAUAUUUAGCUCUCUUGCCUAAUUUAUAUAUAAUUUUGUCACAAGAUAAGUCUAAUAGCUGUCCUGUCUUGGAUAAUUCAGAGGCUGAUGUGACCAAAGAUCCAUUCCUUAUUACUUUUCUAAUUAAAAGUUAGCAUAAAUUUCUAGUAAUAUUAUUCUAGAUAUUGAUAAGACACUAUUCCUAAUGCCAACUACAAAUAUUCAACUACUCAUAAUGUAUUUUAAAAAUGGUUUGGUACAGCAUUAAUGUUGGUGACUCCUUUCUCCCAUCUUAUUUGCCUGAAAGACAGAAUAUUGGUAUGAUUCUCAUUUGCUACUUUGAGUAUAAAACUCCAUCAGACUUUCCAGAGUUCUUCAGGGGUGGAGCUCAAAGUUUACAUUUUUCCGUAAAUGUCUUUUUUUCCUUGACCUUUUUCCACCCUGUAAUUUCCCCUUGACUUACCCCAUGCCCUCCCCAAUCUGCAACAGUGACAGUUUGCUGCCUCAAAACAGAGCAUUCAAAUGAAUUCGCUUAGCCAAUAACUUCUGUGAAGUUGCCUUUUCUAAUGGUGUUAUUACUCAGUGAUGCACAAAUGUGGUAUUUGCCCUACUGGUAGGCAAACAAAGGUCUGGUUAAGAAUGGUAACCUGCUGUUUUCUUUAAAGGAGAGCCAAAGACUUGUGCUUUAGUCUGUUUUGGUUUUGGGGGAAGUAGUAGCCAUUUUGAUCAUGAAAUCUUUUAGUAUUUGUGAGUUGAUUGUACUGUGUAAGUAGAUUUGUCUAAAGUUAACUGUUAAAGUUAGCUAGCCUUAUAAAAUGUAAAAGUAAUGAAAAUUCAUCAGUUUCUCUAAACCAGUAAAUGUCAUCUUUUAUAAUAUUGUGUGUAAGCAUUUGUGCCCAUCCCAGCUUCUGUUAUCACCGUGGUCAAGUCAUGGGUCUGAGUAAAAUAAUUCCUGAGUAUGUGACUGGUGAGAAAUAACUAACUAUAGUCAGAACAUGUACAAAUUGUUAAAAUUAAAGAAAAAUUAUUUUCACUAAAAAGAAAAAGCAUUCGUCUCAGUAAAGAAGUACUCAGUUUACACAGCUCCUUGGAAACUCACCGAGAAAAAAAGAAAAAGAAGUAUUCAGUUGCUGUCACUUACAUACAAAUGGUGGUGGGUAGCAGUCUCACCAUUUUUCUACUCAUUUUGCUCAUUUUAAAGAAUUGAGUAAAGGUUUUAUAUGUAAAAUCUAUCUAUAAAAAGCACCUGUAAUGAUUAUAUGUCAUUGAAAGGAAUGGGGCAGUUACUUUUUAGGAGAGAUUAAUAACCUUCCUGGAAAUUUAGGAACUACAGUGUUUACUUAGAUUUUUUCCCCCUAAAAAGACUCUAAGUGUGUUAAAUUUUUAAUUGGUGAUAAGGUGAUUUCUUCCCCUGGAAAAUCUGCCUUUUAAGAAAAAUUAGAGCUACUAAACUAAAGCAGAUUUUACCUUCCUCAUUAGCUCCUGAACGAGCACGAAGUCUACUGCUGUCAUUAUUUUACCUGAGUGCCCACCGAUCUCUUUUGGACAGCUAUGAUUUUUAUAUUUAUUUGUAGCUUCAGCUCAGGUUUAUAAAAUUUUCCUGCUGAAAUGACUUACUGUGAGUUGUAGAUUGAUGAUAGUUACUAUUAAAAAAUUUCUCAAUUUAGCUUUUCUGAGCCACUUCAAAAAGAAAGCUGUUUUGUCAAAAGAUACUAUUAAUUGUAGUAAGUACAUCUUAAGAUUUCAAUUUUUAAGAUUCAGUUCUGUGUUCACUGAAGAUCUUUUCACAAGUAAUAGAUUAUAAUUGAUAAGUAAUACUAGCUGUAGUAUUAAUAAAGAAUAAGAUUGGGAGGCCGAGGUGGGUGAAUCACAAGGUCAAGAGAUCGAGACCAUCCUGGUCAACAAGGUGAAACCCCGUCUCUACUAAAAAUACAAAAAUUAGCUGGGCAUGGUGGCGCAUGCCUGUAAUCCCAGCUACUCGGGAGGGUGAGGCAGGAGAAUUGCUUGAACCCAGAAGGCGGAGGUUGCGGUGAGCCGAGAUCGUGCCAUUGCACUCCAGCCUGGGUAACAAGAGUGAAACUCCGUCUCAAAAAGAAAGAAAAAAAAAGAAGGAAUAAGAAACUGUCACCACCAGGAAUAAAUAACACCUUUUAAUAAUAAAUGUGUUCCUAAUAGGUAUGUUUUCAAUACUGCACUGAACAAAGUGGGUAAAGUGCCCUUUGAAAUCCUGUUAUAAUAAAGGAGCUUACCUCACCACUGGAAUCCUUGUUUUCAGAGCCUCUGGAUUUUCAGCCAAACACUGAAUUCCUCCAAAACUUUAUCCCUGAACAAAACAUCACUAGAGAAAAAACUUUAUUUUCACAAGAAAAUAAGACACAAUAAGGGGGAAGAGCUUAAACCUCAAGAUAAUAUUGUGUCCAAAAAUGUAUAGUUAGAAAAAUAAAAUCCUGUGGAGUUUGUUAUCCUAAUGUUUAUUUUAUACUAGAUAAGGUGAUUUGUUUUCUUGUAUUAAGUAAGGUCUUACUGUUUCAGAUUGGUUUUGGUUUUUGUUUCUGUUCUAAUCUAAGCAGACAGAGCUCACAAGUCUUUGGCAUCCAUUUUAGGUUGUACACUCAGAGUCAUCUUAUAACUGGAAACUGUCAGGUGGUCCCCCACCCCAGUGAGUGUAUGAAAGGGUCAAGAAAAGGAUGGAAACAAACUAUUGGAUGGAUAAUUGGUUGCUGAUUUUUUUUUUUUUUUUUUGCCUCUUUUUUAAAAAUCACCAUUUAUUAGUGUGAUCUCUCUCCAUUGAUAGGCUGUCAUUCUCCUAAUAGGUGAACUACCCUAUAAAAUAGUUCUCUGAUUUAAAGGCAUUUAGCUUUUGCUUAUGGUUUUUACAUCCUCUAUUCAUCUAAGACACUAUCCUGAGAGAUACUUUUUCCAGAUGGAUCGUUGCCUAAAUUUUCAUGCUUCUCCCCCAUCUUUUUUUCUCUUUCCACUUCCUAGGAAUAAAAGGAACUUUUUAAAAAAUUAAUUGGUCCAUAGGCCUCAUUAUCUUUCUUUAUCAUUACUGUAUGACUUUUUGGUACAAGAACAAUGGAAAAAGUGAAUUAAGGUAAUGAAAAAACCUUUUACCCACUUAAACAUUUUCCAGUUUUGAGAUUCCUCUUCGUGUGUGUGGUCUCUUCCUCUUGUUACCCCUGCUGCCCUUUUGCUCUGACUUUGGUAAUUUGGUCUUUGGGCUCAUACCAGUCUCCCCGAGACAUUCUGCAGUCAUUAUCACCUUUUUGGGUGGAUUUUAUUUUGUUUUGUUUUUUUUUUUUUAAUAACUUCUUAACAUUGGUGCAUAUUUGCUUGGGAUAGAGCUUGUGUAAUUUACCAAUCGUAUUGAUUGUAAGUGAUUGUGCCCUGCAGAGGUAUAUUUAACAAGUCAAAAAUAAUCUAGGUUAAUAAAGGAGCCCAUGAGAUUUGAGUCAGGUUAUAAGUGACUUUAUGAAAUCACUUAUCACUUACAGUUUUGGCUAGGAUUUAUAUCUCCUCAAGUUUUCUUGCAUUUUUGUUUGUUUUUUUUUUUAUUGCCUCAGCUCCCUAUUCUUUCUUGCCUGCCUCCACCCACCUGUUCAGGGAAAAAAUAAAAAAAUUGAGCCUUAACAUGACAGCUGAUUUUUUAAUUGCUGAAUUUUGUGAAAUUUUACUUUUUCCCAGUGUUUCCAACUUUAAAGAGGGAAGUGAAGGCAAAUGGGUUGGAAUUUCACAAGCUGUGAAUAAUUCCUGAGGAUCUGGCAAACUGUGAAGUCUUACUGAAGACAUUAUCUCCUGAGAGUUCUUUUGGAGUAGGAAAAAUAACCCUAUUUGAAAUGGACUGUUUUUCUCUUGUUUUUAAUCUGUUUAAUAUUUCUGAUUUUUAAGCAGCUUUCAAAACAAGGGUGGUGGAAAAAAGGAAUAGUAGGAAGAUGUUUAGGGCAGCAGAAUUUUGGUCUAAAUAAGUACAUGUUCCCCCUUGUUGCUGAUUUUUUAGAGUACUAGGGCCAUCUUUUUCAAGUUUGUAUUAUUUGUGUGCAUGUUUAUAUCAAAGAUGCCCAUUUUGUUAAAAUGCUAUUUCUUUAUUACCUUGGAAACUGACUCAGCCUCAUGUUGCUCCUAAUUAGUGUUUAAGGCUCCCAUGAGUUGCAGAUAAAAGGAUUUAUUUUAACAAGUAGAAGGAGGUGAUUCACCUUUUGGAUUGUAAAUAUAUGGAAGUGUCUACAAGGUCUUUAUCUGCUUUCUGUCAGCAUUUAUAUUAAAUGAUAAAUUAAUGAGGAA